CAAGCCUCCAGAGCCCCCACCCCCUCCCCCUAACCCGGACACUCUGAUCCUUGGACGCUUGGGGGUGGGGGUGCCUAACUGUAGCUCUUGCUUUUUUGGCAACCGGGGUUUAGGCACAGCCCGCUGCUCUUGAGUUUGACGCCAGUCUAAGAGCUGGCCACAGUAGCCCUGCUGCCUAGAAAGAAGGAACCGUGGACUGGGACAUCCUACCCUCCUGGGACGCUGGCUUUGGGGCAUGGGAUUAGAUAGAAGGAAACCACUGGUUUGGCUUUCAGAAACAAGGCCACUAGCACCGCUGGGCAUGCUUGGAUUUAUGGUGGCCUCUCUCUUAUUUGACAUGGGUUCCCCAGGCCAGGUCUUUGGGAUGUUGCAAAAUCCUUAAGCCCAUGUGCACAGCGCGGAGUCCAAAGAAUGACCCAGGUUCCCUCUGGCAGCCUUCCUCUUGCCUCCUCCCCCCUCUCCCAGGGCUAAUGCAGCUGGAUCUGCGUGGAUUAUUUUACAAGAAGGGAUUCUAAAUCAUCCAAGCCUUUAAGCAUGCAGUUUGCAGAAGCUGUUUACUGUGGAAGAGGAGUUUGAAGAUGAGGAUUUUUUAUCUGCUGUGGAGGAUGCAGAGAACGAGUUUGCUGGCUCACGGCCUUUGAAUGCUGGAUGCCUGAGACCUGUCUCUUCUAGGCCACAGGAGACCGUGCCGGCACAGUCUUCUGGGCAGCUGCCGUCAUGCCCCACUGCUCCUUCAGAGGCUUUGGGCCCGUCAGCCCUGGGACUCUGCCUUCCUACCUCCAGCAUGCCCAGGGCCAUCAGGGACCCGCCUUCCAUAGGAACAGCCCCCCUAAGGCCUGUCUCGACUUCUAGCAGCUGGACUGGUCAUCAGAGACGAGUGUCCCUGCCAGAAGUGCUCAAAGAGCCAGCGAGACCCCAGACGUCAGCCUCCUGCCCCCUGCUCACCUUUGAGAGCCAACAGCAGAUGAUUAGUGGCUUUGAGGGUCCUGAACAAGAUGAAUUUGAUAAGGUCCUGGCAAGCAUGGAGCUGGAGGGGCCUGGCGUGGAGCUGGAACUUGGAAUCAGCAGUGAGGCCACGGGAAUCCCGCCCACCUGGCAGCAGGAGGACUUAGCUUUGGCUAAAAAGGCUCGCGUAGCUGAGCUGAGCAGGUCUUGCCAAAAGGGGCCCACGCCUGCCUCCCACAUAACGAGUGUCAUGUCAGCCGACGAUGAGCCCCCAGCACCUGGGGUCCACUGUAGGACUGCACAGCCCCACCUGAGACCCGGUGCCGUGAGCAACCUUCCUACCCCAACUGCCUCAACAGUUCCUGCUCAGCAACCCCACUCGGAAGCCUGCCCUCAGGGGCCCGCUCUUCGAGCGGCACAGCCUCUCCAAGCUGCUGGCCGGCCUGUUCGGAGCGGCCCGCAAAGUCCUUUCCCUGGUCAGUCAUUCCAACGUCCAAAUGCCUGCUUGCGUGGCAAAUCUCACCUUCCUGGUCCACGAACUCCCAACUCGAUCUGUUCUACUCCCUCGAGGACUAUCUCUGCGUUAUUUCCUCGGAGCCCCUUACAACCCCGAGCUCCAGCGGCUUCCGUCAAGUGUCCUGCCGGCACCCCAAAGAGCCCCCGUUCCUCCCUGGUCCCCCAAGCAGUUCUCCAGCCACCCAUAGUCACCAACCACCUGGUGCAGCUGGUCACUGCUGCCAACCGGACACCCCAGCGACCCGCCCGCACCAAAACCCGCCGCUUCCCCGGCCCCGCAGGGAUCCUGCCCCACCAGCACAGUGGGAAAAAUCUGGAGGAGAUCAUGGUUUCCACACCCCAGACUCCGACUCAUGGUGCCCUGGCUAAAUUCCGGGCCGAGAUUGUUACUAGUUCCCAGGCGUCGGUGGAGGAGGAUUUUGGGCGAGGGCCCUGGCUGGCCAUGAAAUCUGCUCUGGGCCUGGAGGAGAGAGACCCCACCUGCUUUCUCUGUACCUAUAGCAUCGUCAUGGUGCUGCGGAAGGCAGCCCUGAGGCAGCUUCCCAGGAACAAGGUCCCCAACAUGGCAGUGAUGAUCAAGUCCCUGAGUCGGAGCACGAUGGACGCCAGUGUGGUUUUCAAGGACCCCACGGGAGAGAUGCAGGGCACGGUGCACAGGUUGCUGCUCGAGGCCCGGCAGAGUGAGCUGAAGCCUGGCUCAGUGCUGCUGCUGAAGCAGGUUGGAGUGUUUUCUCCUUCGCUCCGAAAUCACUACCUCAACGUGACGCCCAACAACCUGGUCCAUAUUUACGGCCCAGAUUCUGGGGAUGGGAACUUCCUCAAGCCAUCUCCGCCCUUCCCCAAGGACCCAGGGAGCUUCCCUGGCAGCCUCCACCAUGAGACUGCGAAGUCUGGAAGAGGCCUCAGAACAGCGCACGAUGCAGAAGCAGGGGCAUCCCCUGAGGAAGAACUCCCAGAAGCAGAUGACCUAGAUGGACUCCUGAGUGAGCUCCCUGAGGACUUUUUCUGUGGGACCAGCAGUUGGGACUGCCCCGAGGCAAGGCACCCACCGUGAGCAGGCAGCCUCUCAGCACCCAAGCAAGGCCCCGGUUGUGUCUGAUCGGGUCCCCGGGAGAGAGGGGGCCUGGCACGACUGGGGAAUAAACACAGCUGAGGACUUUUAUGGCCACCCCCACCCUGGAUGCUUUCCCUGGGAUCACCCUUGUCCCUCGGACUCUCUGCUGCUGUCACUCAUACCGGAACUCAGCCCAGGGGUGGCCCUUCUGCUCCUCUGUCCUCCAAGCCCUUGGGUGCAUCCGUUCCUUCUGCCAUCAGGGAAGGUGUGGCACUCUUCUGCCUCACCUUGACUUUGGGGGCCCCUGAGCUCCUUACUCCCUAUCCCCUGAACACCUGAGGAGCCACACCACAGCAGUGGCGGCCGUCCCUCCGGUCGGGGAAGGAACACACUCAGACUUCCCUCUGCUUUGUCUCUUGAGGCCUGUGGCUGCCCAGCUCACCCGUGCCCAAGGUUCCCAGGUGUUGGGGGGCAGGGGUGUGGCUGUGGUGUCUUGUUCUGAAAUAAAGCAGCUGCCUGUUC